AUGACCACUUCUUCAAGCAACGGUCAAGAAUGGUCUGUUAAUGAUUCUGAAGUCAAUAGGUUGCUUGAUGAUUUGGACGAUGAGAUUAACCAAAAGGAUAAGCAGUGUUUGAUCGAUGUUUUUUCUUCACAAUUAGAAGAAGAGCCACUUAAAGCCAGCAGCACCGGUACAAACUCGUUUUUUAAGCAGCCGGUAGCCAUCAGUUCUACAUUCGAAGAAUGGAGGUCGAUGAACAACUCGGAGUUUAUUACGUUUGUUAAUAAGCUUAGUUCUGAACACACAAUAAAACAUGAGUCCAAUGAUGCUACCCAAAAAGAUUUGAUGGGACCAAGUCAGGAUGAAACUGAGCAAUAUAGUUCAGUAGGGUUUAAUACUAUGGAUGAGGAUGAGAUAUUGGGAAAGACCAGCAUGAAUAUGUUGGCGUCUUCUUCUCAGAAGCUUGUGAAAGGUGGUGAUCAGGCCCCAAGGUCUCUUGUAGAGCCUUCUCCCGGUGAAUCCGAUGGACCCAGUGGAGAAAUUGCAUUUGGUGAUUAUACAACCUACUUUCAGAAUAAACACCUCAAGCAACAGGAUCAAGAUCGCCAAUAUGUUGAUUUCGUCAGCAAAGCAAGGAAUAAGAACUAUCCUAAGAUAUUCAAGGACUGUGUCAUUUAUGUGAAUGGUAAGACUCACCCGGAUGUCAGUCAGCUUCAUAGAAUUAUUAUUCUUUACGGAGGUAAAUUUCUUGCCUUUUUGGGUGCCAAAGGUAAUGCUACGCAUAUCAUAGCCGAACAACUAACCCCCAGAAAAAGGAUAGAAUUUCGUAAUUACAAAGUGGUAAAUCCAGAAUGGAUAACUAGAAGUGUUGAAGCCGGAAGGUUACUCUCCUGGGGAGAAUUCAUGCUUAUUAAUAAUGACUACGGUCAAAAGAAGUUGGAGUUUCCCCAAAAACUGAUUUCCUCUGUCAUUGAAGAGGCACCGAUCGAGGUGUCUCAAUUGAAUGAGUUCACCAAUCCGGACGAUCCACUUGAGUCGGCGCCUGAGAAUAAUGUUGACCCUAGAACUGGCAAAGCUGAAGAUUUUGGCCAUUUGACAGCCAAGGAUCCUAGUUUCCUUCCCAAGUUUUUUGCCAAAUCAAGAUUACAUCAUUUGAGUACAUGGAAAAUGGAGUUACGAUCGAAGUUUCUUCAAAAGGCAAUAGGAGUACUAAGGGAAAGACUGAAAAAUCGACAGAAAUCGUCAUCGAAUGCCAGAAAAGUCAUCAUCCAUGUUGACUUUGACUGUUUUUUUGCAACCGUGUCUGCUUUGAAGCACUCUCCUCCCAUUGACAUCCAUAAUCUUCCCGUGUGCGUUACCCACGGAAGUAAUGGUUCAGAUGUGGCAUCCUGCAAUUAUGUGGCGCGGUCUAAGGGGUGUAAGAAUGGAAUGUGGCUUGGAAGCGCCAAGAAGCUUUGUCCUAAGUUGAUCUGUCUUGACUACAACUUUGAUGCUUAUGAGCAAAUUUCUCAGAGAUUUUAUGAAACCCUUCUUCAGUUUGAUGCGGAUUCAAUAUUACCGGUUAGUGUAGAUGAGGCUCUAUUGGAUGUUACAAGUCUGGCCGAGAACCGGGAUUCAAUGGAUAUAAUGAAGGAUAUCAAGCGCAGAGUACUGGAAGAUACCGAAUGUUCUGUGAGUUGUGGCUGCGGGCCAAACGUAUUGUUAGCAAAACUAUGCUUAAGGAAAGCGAAGCCUGAUGGAAUUUACCAAGUGAAGGUGCCUGAAGUCUUGCGAUUUAUUGAGUCUUUACACUUUAGGGACCUACCUGGUAUCGGUUACAGUAUCAAUAGUAAACUGGAAGAAGAUCUUUCUGAGCGGGAUGUCACUAUUGGACGAGUUCGACAGCUACCGAAGGAUAAGUUAAUUGGAUUGUUUGGAGUUAAGACCGGCACUACGAUUUACGAGUACGCAAGAGGUACUGAUCUCACUUCCAUUGACGUUCUAAGUAAUCCCGAGAAGUUUACCAGGAAAUCUCUUUCGGUGGAUGUUAAUUGGGGAAUACGAUUCGAUAAUGAUUCGCAGGUGGAGGAGUUUCUUACUAGAUUGGCCGGGGUUUUAACUGAUAGGCUAAAGGAAACCGAUGUGAAAGGUUCUUCGCUUUCAUUAAAAUUGGCUCUACGGCAUCCAGAGGCACCUAAAGUACCUCCAAAGUUUUUGGGAAUGGGCAGAUGUGUGUUUAUAUCAAAGUCAUCAAGAUUUGGUGUGGACACAAGAGAAUUGGGACUGAUAGCCAGCGAGCUAAAGUAUCUAUGGCGGAUAUUAGGUGCUGAUCCAACCGAGCUAAGAGGUGUAGCUGUAACAAUGGGUAGGUUGAUUCAUGAAACAAAUGAGGCAACGAAUCAGACGAAGUUGCCUUAUAAGAAACUGGAUAGGGUGGAGUUCUCUGUACCAGUAGAUUCUGUCGGUUUGGCUGUUCCGGCGGCAUCGACGAAGACCGCAGAUAUGCUGCAUUCCCCUUCGGCAAUUCCUCAAAUAUCACCAGUAGCACUUGGUCAUAUCAACUGGGACGUCUUUAAGGAGCUUCCUUUGUCUAUCCAACAAGAGAUAAAGCAAGAGCUUCGAAGAAGAGACCUCCAGUCAACGCCUCGUAAAUCCAGAAGACAUUUGAACGACAUUGAUAAUCUAUUAGACUCUCCUACCAAGAAGAGGGUUAGACCUAGAACAGAAGUACUGAUCACGGAAAGACUCUUAGAUACUUCGGCAAGACUCCGAUUCCAGGGAAUCCCAAUUACUCGAUUCGAAGAGAUCAAGAAGAAGUUGACCACCUGGCUCGAUUAUACUAUUAACGAGAAGAAUGGUCCCGAUGAAAUGGAUGUGAAUCUGUUCAAUGAUAUGAUGUUGAAGUUGUUGGACAUUGGAGAACCUUUGAAGUUUAAGGAAAUCAUCGACGUUUUGGAAUUAAGACUGAGUUGCAGAAUUGGUAGCGUCGGAUACGAUAUUUGGGGACAGAUAAUAAAGCAAUUGAAGAGGAUUUUCCAGGACUUGGACAGCAACGAAUUGGUAUUUAGGUUUUGA